UAUAUGGAAGGGGCAUCCGGUGAGAGGCGUUAACGGCUGUUGCUCGUUACCGUUUGACGCCGGACUGUUGGCGGAGCUUUGUAGCUUUGUAGGUCACGACUAUGUCCAACAGGUAGUACAAGCGCUGCACGUCUCCUCUCACCUGUCCGUACGUGUAAAGUGAGACAUGGCUGAAAUAAUGGCCGUCAACGCCACUAUCAACAUCACCUACUCGCUCCAGGAGGACGUGAGCACCGCUGCUGCAGCCUCUGCUGCUGCAGCCGUCUCCGCCGCUCCUCCAUCCCCUCUGAGCAGCGAGGACUACCUGUUCGUGGAGGCCCGGCACCCCAACACUGUCCUCCAGGGCCUCAACAGCCUGAGGCUCAACAACGCCUUCUGUGAUGUGACCCUGUGCUGUGGAGGACAGGAGUUCCCCUGCCAUCGCAUCGUGCUGGCCUCCUUCAGCUCCUACUUCCAGGCGAUGUUUUCCACUGACCUGAUCGAGUCCAAACAGGAGCGGGUUGCCAUCAAUGGAGUGGAGCCUCAGAUGAUUGGCAUGUUGGUGAGCUAUGCCUACACGUCUGAGGUGUACAUCUCCAAAGCAAACGUGCAGGCCCUGCUGGCAGCAGCAAACCUGCUGGAUGUGAUGGCCGUUCGAGAGGCCUGCUGUCGCUUCAUGGAGCGUCAGAUGGAUGAGAUGAACUGUGUGGGGAUUCACUGCUUCGCUGAGGCCCAUUCCUGUAAGGUGCUGGAGAAACGCAGCAUGGACUACAUACUGGAGCACUUCUGGAGUGUUCACCAACAGGAGGAGUUCCUGUCUCUGUGCAUGGACAAACUGACGGAAAUCCUCGCCAGUGACUUUCUCAACGUGCCUAAAGAGGAGAUGGUGUUCGAGGCGGCCAUGUUGUGGCUGAAUAAAUGCUCCUCUCGCAAACAGAGCUUCGAAAAGGUCCUGGAGCAUAUCCGGCUGCCUCUUAUCAGCCCGUACUACCUCCACGAUGUUAUCGAGUCUCUGGAUGUGGUGAAGGAGAACCAGGGCUGCCAGAGGCUCAUCUCAGAGGCCAAGGACUACCUGCUGCUAAAGGACCGCCGCGGAGAGCUGUAUUGCCCCAGAGCAAGGCCACGCAGGUCCACAGGGACAGCAGAAGUGAUAGUGACAGUUGGCGGGGAAGAUGACAAGGUGGUGCUGCGCAGCGUCGAGAGCUUCGAUCCCGUGACGAGUCAGUGGAAGAAUCUGGCCUGCUUGCCCUUCGCCGUGAGCAAACACGGCCUGGUCGUGUCGGACUCCACUCUGUAUCUGGCAGGAGGGGAGUUUCCUGAUGGCUCGGCCAGCAGGGAGAUGUGGCGCUACGACCCCUGCUUUGACUCCUGGAUCGAGAUGGCUCCCAUGAAUGUUGCCCGCUCUGAGUUAGGUGAGGGCCUGGUGAUGCUGGACGGCUUCGUGUAUGCAGUGGGCGGUUGGGAGGGACGCUCUCGUCUGGACUCGGUGGAGUGCUACAACCCUCACACAAACACCUGGCAGUUCACGGAGUCUGUCAAGAUGGCCGUGACAAGUCCUGCCGUGGUGGCCCUCGACGGACUGCUCUAUGUUACAGGUGGUGCAGUUCUAGAGGAUGGUGACGGCACAGACCUCGCUCAGGUCUACAACCCUAAAACCGCUGCAUGGACAGAGGUUGCCCCCAUGCAGAUCGCACGCUCUGGUUCAGCUGCAUGUACGCUCAAAGGAAAGCUUUACGUUAUAGGCGGAUGGCACGCAUCGACAGAAAACACUGAUAAGGUGGAGUGUUACAAUCCCAAAACCAACCAGUGGACCAUGUGCGCCCCCAUGAAAGAACGCCGCUAUCGGCCCGGUGCUGCUGUGGUGGAUGGAAAGAUCUACGUCCUGGGAGGAGAAGAAGGCUGGGACAGAUAUCACGACACUAUCGAGAGGUACUGUGAUGAGACGGACACGUGGGAGAUUGUCGGGGAAAUGCCCACCAGUCGUAGCUGGCUCAGCUGUGUGUCUCUCCAGCUGAGGAAGGACAUCCACGUGAGCAGGUGUCCCGGGACGCCAAAUGACAACUGAGCGGGUGGCGUCUGGAGAGAAGAAAUAAUUUGUGGUUAUUUGCACCCUCAUUGAGAGACUGUGCACUACACAGCUCAGAGCUGCGGGAACAGCAAACUGAGCUGAUGCCAGGAUUUGGCACAGCGCUGUUUGAGCUGUUACUGGUGGCAAAAAGUAGAUGGUUAUUAAAUCAGUGACGCUUGUAGAGUCACAUUCGGAUCCCUAAAGGAAACAUCACACACAAAUCUCAAGUAAUCGACUGAUCGACAGCAGUAUAAACUCACUCUCUGUAUGAUGUGAAUAUAUGUUUAGGUACUAUUUUAUUGUCCGAGCACCUCAAAUCUGUGAAGAUUUUCCCAGCCAACAAAGUGUAUUUUUGUAUUAUUAUUAUUUUUAUUAUUAUUAUGUGUUAUAAGCUAUGAGAAGCUCUGAGAAAGAUCUUAACGUAAACAUUUCACUCUCUUAAAAGAUGCUCUGCGGGCUAAAGAAUCUCAUUUUGACUAUUUUGAGAGGCUACCUGUGAAAAAAAAGAUACGUCUAUACGUGAGCAGUGUUUUUGUUUUUAAACUUUGUACGUCCUGAAUGAUUGUCUUUAUUACCUGUGAUAUGUUGAGUAUAUUUUUGUAAUGUAGCGUGUGUACAUUUUAGUGAAUUUUAAAUGGAGUUGGGUUCUAAUAAAGAUGUUUAAUUCUUUAA